GUCGAUACCAUGCAGGGGAGAUUUAAAUUGUUCGAUGUAAAAGAUUGUGUGUGUCUCUCUUCCAUGUGUCCUCCUCCUGCUUGACUCUUCCCACCCCAACCUGGGUUCGAAUGUGAUAUUUCCACCAAUCUUACCAGCUACAACGACCCGCCUACGAGUUUUUCGGACCCACCGCCCUCAUCUCAGUCCCCCUUGGAUACACCCCAACACCCGACGACACCCCCCAUCACCCCGCCCCCGAUGCCCAAGCAAGUCGUCAUCCUCGGCGGCGGCAUCGCCGGCGUAGCCACGGCGCACAAGCUGCUCAAGUACACAGUCCCCAAGGCCAAGGACCUCAAAGUCGUCCUCGUCAGCGCCUCCUCGCACCUAUACUGGAAUAUCGCCUCCGUCCGCGGCAUUCUGCCCGACGAGAUCCCCGACGACACGCUCUUCCAGGCCCUCGAGCCCGGUUUCGCCAGGUUCCCCGCCUCACAGUUCGAAUUCAUCCUCGGCACCGCCACAGCCCUCGACCCGACCACCAAAACCGUCCAGAUCCAGCCCAACAACAACGACGGAGGAGAAUCCCCCCGCACCAUCCCAUACACCCACCUCGUCAUCGCAACAGGCUCCUCCACCCCGCCCGACCUCCCCUUCAAGCCCCUCGCCACCCACGCCGCCACCACCGCCCGCCUGCACGCCCUCCGCGCCUCCAUCGCAGCCGCAUCGUCCAUCGCCGUCGCCGGCGCCGGCCCGACGGGCGUCGAGGUCGCCGGCGAGCUGGGCGCGCGGUACGGGCGCUCCAAGCGCAUCGUCCUCGUCGCCGCGGGCGAGCACGCCCUGCCGGGGUGUUCAGCGUCUGUCGGGCGGGCGGCCGAGGCGGCGCUGGAGGGGCUGGGCGUCGAGGUUGUGCGCGGGGCGAGGGUGGUGGGCGUCGCCGCAGCCGCCGAGGGGGAGGAGGAGAAGAAGAAGACGACGCUGACGCUGUCUAGCGGCGCGACGCUCGCGGUCGACCUGUUCCUGCCGACGUACGGGGUGCGGCCCAACACGUCGUUUGUGCCGGCGGAGUUGCUGGACGGGGGCGGGAGUGUGCGCGUGGGACCUACGUUGCGGGUGCGGGGGCUGGAUGACGUGUGGGCGCUCGGCGACGCGGCUGAUGUCGAGGCCAAGGUGGCGAAUGUGGUCGAGCCGCAGGUUGUUCACCUGGCGGCGAACCUGGACGCCGUGUUGGCGGGGACAGGGGCGGGGGUGGCUGAGUACAAGCCGUCUGGGAGGUUGAUGAUCUUUGUGACGGUGGGGAAGAAGAAGGGGACGGGCCAGAUGGGGUGGUUCAAGGUGCCGGGCUUCCUCGUGGCGAUGGUCAAGGGUGGGAAUUUCUUCUUGCCGAGGCUGCCGGACAUUGUGGUGGGGAAGAGUCUCCUUCAUUCGGCGAUCUAGAGUGGAACUGCGCAGUUGUAUUUGGG